UACUGUAUAUCGAUAUUUAGCUUUCGAACAAUGAAGUACCACCUCGCAAAGGUUGUAUCGUAUGCGAACACAAGCCGAACGGUUGGCUGGUGCGUUAUUGUUGAAUAACGAUGAAGAUUUUGUUCCUUCUUUUUGCUGCUACGUGCACAGUCUCAGGAAUACGUGAGCGCAUCACUGGAGGAGAAUUGGCUUCACCGGGGCAAUUUCCGUAUGUCGUCUCUGUUACUGAAAAUGGUCGUCACAUCUGCGGUGGAUUCAUUUACGCUACGAGGUGGAUCGUCACUGCAGCAUCUUGUAUCUUUGGGAAAUCCAUGCAGACACUGAACGUCGUUGUCGGACAGUUCAACCUUAUAAACCCAGAUGUUAACGAGCAGAUAAUGGAUAUCUACACCAUCACGAUUUUUCCCGAGUACAACAGUACGUUCAUACGACAUGACAUCGCACUCAUUAGGCUCAAAGAAGAUAUUCUAUUCGAUGGGGAAUAUGUCGAUUUCAUCGCAUUUAACGAAGCGGCUAACAUUCCAGGAGAGGUCAUGGGAUGGGGUGCCACCUUUGACGGAGGGUUGGAGUCUGUCAAUUUACGUUACGGGGGUGUUGGUAUCGUUGCAACCAAUGCUACACUACCAUGUGGCAAUUAUACAAACAAUGAAUUCGAUACCGCGACCAUGAUUUGCGCUGGAAUAUCCCUGCCCGCACCUCCAUACGGGUCUCCUUGUCAGUAUGACGAGGGAUCCCCGUUCGUGCAAGAACUAACCGAUCCUGCCAAUCCUGCAUUGGUCAUCCCCACUGCUAUUGGCAUCUUUUCUAAAACAGGGGGCUGCAAGUUGGAAAAUCCGGGAGUUUACACUCGUUUGUCCGUCUAUUCAAAGUGGUUGCUGGAAACAGCCGGCCAACAACCAACGCGUUCCCAAGACAGCUCACAUUUCUAAAGGACAAAGUGCUGACUAUAUAACACGUUCCUCUUACUUUGGAUAUAGCAAGAGCCUCUGAAGCCCAAAAGUCUUAAAUGGCAAUUAUACUAUACCUUAUUUGAUUAUUCAAUACAACUCUUUUCCACCAAA